AUGAAGCUUGCUUCGUUUUCCUUGAUAACUGCCAUCCUCCCUGUGACGGUAUACGCAGCGACGUAUAAUGUAGCCGCCGGAGUCAACGGAACACUCGCUUAUGACCCAGAAUAUGUCAUUGCAUCUGCCGGUGAUACAAUCAACUUCAGUUUCAACCCUAAGAAUCAUACCGUUACACAGUCCUCCUUCAAUGCACCGUGUGCUCACCUCGCUGGCGGUGUCGAUUCGGGCUUUAUGCCGGUAACCGCCGAUCAAGUUGACUUACCUGCGUUCCAACUCAAGGUGAACGAUAGCAACCCUAUAUGGGUUUAUUGUCGCCAGACUGGCCAUUGCGGCAAGGGGAUGGUGUUCGCCGUCAACCCAGGCGCAGAAGGCUCCUCUAACUCCUUCUCCGCAUUCAAAGCUCUCGCGAUAUCCUCCAAUGGUACUGCUUCGUCGUCGUCUGCAACAUCUACAUACACCCCUCCCCCUGCACAAUCCUGGACGACGGUCACCGCGACGGUCACCAGCCAAACUUCAGUCUGGCUGACGACGUACACCAGUUAUGACGGUACACCAGCUCCAACAUACGCACCCCAGCCUGUAGACCACAAGAUCGUUGUUGGUAUCGACGGAAAGCUUGAGUACGGUCCCGCCAAUGUCAGCGCCUCCAUCGGGGAUACCGUCACAUUCGAGUUUCACCCGAAGAACCAUACCGUGACUCAAAGUAGUUUCCAACACCCAUGCCAGCCCCUCGCGGAGACGUCCACCUCCGGCCAGAUAGGAUUCUCGUCUGGAUUCCGACCGGUGGCUGCUAAUGCUACUGAUUUUCCGACGUUCCAGAUUAGGAUCAACGAUACUGCACCGAUUUGGGGCUACUGUGGCCAGACGAACCAUUGUGGUUCUGGAAUGGUGUUCUCAAUAAAUGCUGUUGAGACGGGACCUAAUAACUUUGCGGCUUUCAAGGAGCUGGCGAUUCGGACGAAUGGUACAAGAGCUGGAAACAGUAGCGGGAGCGCAACCAGUGGAAGUGGAAGCGCUUCUAGCACUGGAAGUAGUUCUGCUCCUAGCACGUCGGCAUCUAGUUCUGAUUCGGGAUCAGGAUCCAAUGGCGCCUUGUCAAUUAGCGUAGAUGCUGGAUUGGGUGCCAUGUUUAGUGCGCUUGUAUACCUCGCAUUCCUGAUAUGA